UACCUCAGCCCUUUGUCAUGGUAGCUUAUGUCCAGAAUCAAUACUAAUCCCUAAUGUUUCAAGACGCUUAGAGAUUCUUACUAGAAAUAUUUAUUUUCUGCUGCAUGAAAUUACGCGCGAAUUGCAUGAAAUUUUUAAGGUCAAUGACGUUCAAUGACUUGAAAACAUACGUGAAGUUGCUGCAACCACAUUGACCACAAUCUUGUCUACUCACAAUCAAGCCCUGAUGGAUUACUUGGUAUGUUUAUUGUUAUUUGUAAUAUGUAGGGCUCGGAAGUUGUUUUUUGAGAUCAGCAAACGAUUGUAAGUAAUUUGACCCAGAGAAGGGAAGCUAUCCAAGUCCGAAUCAGUUAAAAGUUGUGGGCUAACUAAAAUAGCAAAAGGGUCCUCUGUGUAUUUCAGUUCUUUUUGGUGGUUUUAUUCGGAAAUAUGCAUGGCUAUUUGUACCGAAAGUUGUUAUCCAAGGCUCGAAUCAGCUGAUUCAUUUAGUGAAAUUCAGCUAGUAUUGAUUUAAUCCUGAAACUAUUAAACUGGCUAAGAAGUACUUACUUCAACAGAAUUUAUCAUUAUUUUAGUAAUAAAAAAACUUCAUCUAAUAAUACAAUGAAAGUAUUGAAUACUGGAGUUCUACUUCUGGGACUUAUUGGCACUUCAGUGGCUGCAAAAAUUAACGGUUGUUACCCUGGAGGUGAUAUACCAAAGAAAAGUGGGUUUAGAGCAGUAGCUUACCCUUAUGUCCUUUAUGACUUAAUCACCCUGGCUGAGGUCGAGUUUGUCGGUGGAGGAUACAAGAACCAAUCUUCAAUUGCAAGUAUUGACGUCGUACCUUCUAUCAACAUCAAUUGGGAAAAGCCAGGUGAUCCAUUUACAAUGGGCAUUGCCUACGGUAAAUUAUAUGGUGGUCCAAAUAUUACCAUGUCAAACUUCACUGUUGAACUUCAAGGUUACUACUAUGCAAAAGAAUCUGGAAGUUACACAUUUGCUUUGCAACAGAUCGAUGAUACUGCAGCUGUAUUCAUCGGAGCUGGAACUGCCUUUGAUUGUUGUAAAGACACGCCAUCUGGAAAUUCCACUGACUUUCAAAUUUUUGCUACAAAACCAAGUGAUGGUGACCCAGCUGAUAACAGUAAAACUGUUGAAAUGUUUGCCGAUACUUACUACCCAGUGAGAAUUAUCUACGUCAACAUCAUUAGUCAAGCUGUCUUUAAUAUACAGGUAACUUCUCCAGACGGUGUAACAGGGCCACUUGAUGGUAGUAUUUAUGUAAUUGAUGAGCCACUCGACACUCCAGAUUGUCCUGCUUUCCCUAUCAUUACCACAACUCUUCCAUGGACCGGAAGUGAUACUGUAACCUCCACCAUUACACCAUCUGGUGCGCAUGAUACCACCACAGUUGAAGUGUUAACUCCUUUCCCUACUAUUACCAUCACGACUUUAUGGACUGGAUCUGAAACUGUAACUAGUACUGUUAUUGGUAGCGAUACAGUCACGGUAGAAAUCUUGACUCCGGAGUUUACUUCUUCAUCAAUUGAGUCCUCGACUUCUGAAUCUUCAUCUGUUGAAUCCUCAUCUGUUGAACCUUCGUCUGUUGAACCUUCGUCUAUUGAACCUUCGUCUGUUGAAUCUUCAUCUGUUGAAUCCUCAUCUGUUGAAUCCUCAUCUGUUGAACCGUCGUCUAUUGAACCUUCGUCUGUUGAACCUUCGUCUGUUGAAUCUUCAUCUGUUGAAUCCUCAUCUGUUGAAUCCUCAUCUGUUGAAUCCUCAUCUGUUGACCCUACAUCCUCGGACAAUUACUCCAUUGUCACCAAGAAUGAAACCACCGUUAUUACAGUCACUUCAUGCUCUGAUAAUAAAUGCACGGAAGUUCCUUCUACUAUAACUAAGAGUGAAACAACCGUACUAACUAUAACUUCUUGUUCUGACGAUAAAUGUGAAGUUACAACAUGUACUGGAGAUAAAUGCACAGCACCUUUAGAGACAGCUACUACAACUGAAGUUGAAACCACCGUCAUUACUGUUACCUCUUGUUCAGAAGACUCUUUUACCGUUGUGCCACUUACAACUGGAAAGACUGUCAUUACAAGAACAAGUGAUAGUAGUACUACAGUAAUCACGACAUUCUGUCCACUUCCAACGCCAGAAAUUGAAAGUAAGUCUACGGUUUAUGUUACACGUACUGUCUGUUCAGAAGGUUCUUGCUCUGAGGUGAUCGAUACUACGGCUACUCAGCAUGGUUCUGAUAUCCCAGUAACCGACACCACUACUUCAGCAUCUUCAGAUACUUCCGCAAGUCCUGCAGUACUUCCAUCUGUUCUUCCUAAUGAGAACUCGAUUGGGAAGCUUGAAUUUUCACUAAGCACUCUCAUUGCAGCUUUAUUAGCAGUUAUUAGUAUUUAGUAACCUUCUUACAUGAUAUUUGCUUUAGUUUGUUUUUUUUUCCCUUCUUCUUUUAUUGUUUAUUACGUAUAUUUUUUCUUUCAAUUGAAUCACUGAUUCAUCUACUUUAAUCUUAUUUCGAAUUUGAAAGACUGCAAUAUAUUACUAUCUUCUUAUCCAUUUGUAUAUUUUAUGCUCAUUAUUGAUUGAAAUAAAUAUAAUAAUAUGAUUUACAUACACGUACU